AUGGACGGUCACCUCCUGAAUCAACGGCGGAUGCACUUGCAAUCGCGCGUAUCCACAACCACCGUUCACGAACUCCUCUUCGCCGACGACCUCGCCCUAAACACCACCUCGGAAGAGGAGAUGCCACGGAGCGUGGACCUGUUCACCGCCGCCUGCGAGAACUUCAGUCUAGUCAUUAACACGCAGAAGACGGUGAUGAUGCACCAACCGCCACCCAACUCGGCCAAAGCCCCCAACGCGCCGCCGCAAAUCAGCGUGAAUGGGACCCACCUGCAAGUGGUGGACAACUUCCCGUACCUGGGCAGUACUCUCUCCCGUAACACCAAGAUCGACGACGAAGUCGCCAACAGGAUCUCGAAAGCCAGUCAAGCCUUCGGUCGCCUCCAAAGCACAGUUUGGAAUCGCCACGGUCUUCAGCUGAGCACGAAGCUGACGAUGUAAAAGGCCGUCAUCCUGCCGACACUACUGAAUGGAGCGGAGACUUCGACGGUGUACGCAAAGUAGGCUCGUCGUCUGAACCACAUUUACCUCAGUUGUCUUCGUCGCAUCCUGAGGCUAAUGUGGCAGGAUCGAAUCCCCGACACUGAUGUGCUGGAUCGGACGGGAUUCCUCAGCAUCUACGCCAUACUGAGGCAAAUUCAGCUGCGCUGAAGCGGCCACCUGGUGCGCAUGGAUGACGAGGGACUACCCAAACGACUCUUCUAACAAGACGUCGCGACGGGUUCUCGUCGUCAAUGAGGCCAGAUUCGCCGUUACAAGGGUACCCUGAAGUCCUCCCUGAAAUGCCUGCAAAUCAACCCCACCAACUGUGAGGAGCUCGCACUCGAUCGAUCCACCUGGAGGAGGACAGUGAAGACAGGCGCUGCGAUAUACGAAGCCAACCGUAUCGCUGUCGCCAAAGCGAAACGUGAAGCCCGCAAAUCACAACAUUGCUCAGUACGCAACACCGCCGCACAACCGCUUCCAACGUGUCCUCGAUGUCAACGAACAUUCCGGGCUCGAAUCGGACUUGUUGGACAUCUGCAGAUUAACUGCGCCUCUCGAACGGCACCAAACAUCGUCCCCCCGCCUGCCUCUUCCUCCUCCUCUCCGCCGCCACCUAACCCUGUCAAUUCUUCUGACCCACCACUUCCAUUAUCCUCCUCCUCCUGCUUCUCCUCCUCCUUCUCCUCCUCCUCGCCCAAUGCUCCAUCGGCGGCCGCUCAGGCGACUGUCCCGCGCACAGCAACCGACACUACCACCACCUCCCCCGACUCCAGGGAUGAGGAUCAGGACUACACCUGCCCUCACUGCGACCGUACCUUCACCUCACACAUCGGCAUGGUCGGUCACUUGCGAAUCCAUCGCACAGAAAAUGCCGAACCAGUGCCUGGAGCACCCACCUAUACCCAGCAAGCUCGUCUCAACUGCCCACACUGUCCUCGCACUUUCAGGCAUCGCAUGAGCCUAUUCAGCCACAUGCGCAUCCAAGACGACCUGCGGUGGACAACCGCCGGCCACACCACACAUUCACUCACUCCCUACCUCCUCCUCCUCCACCACCACCAUCACCCCACCAGAAAUCAACACUCACACACCUCAUGCACCCAACUGCCACCUCCCACGCAAGUGGGUAGUCCGCAUCUCGACUCGGUCCCCAUGCGGCUUUGGCUGCACGGGUGA